GAAAGGUCGAAUCGAGAAAGAACUCAGUUGGACGUCCGUAGUUUGGUUGUCGUGUUCUACUGACGGUGUCGAAAAAGUAAACCUUCACACCUCAAGGGCCAGUUAUUGCAGUGGAUAAUCAAGUCAUGGCUCCAAUUGGAGGUGAAAUUCUGGUGCUGAUUCUACUAAUUCCAGCCCACUGUUUUGCACAAGAGAUUCUCCAUGCUCCCAAUAGUACAACUGUCUUUCUAAACCAAUCAGCAGUUUUUACAUGUGAGACAAAUGGUGGCAUCACUUCGUGGAGACUCAAUGGAACACAGCGAGAAAUCCUUCCACUUGACAUACGUAGUGACCUGGUUGUCUCAGAAGAGAGUACUACUCCUGAAGGCACUACAGUGCACACUCUGACCAUCCUAGCCAGAGCCCAGUACAAUGGAACUAGAGUUCAGUGUGUUUCAGGGCUAUUUGGUGGCCCAGUAGUGGAGAGUGACAACGCCACAUUGACCAUUCAAGGUUCCACUGUCAGCAGUAAGUGAUUUGAGGACACACAAAAACAGCUCAGUGACCAUCUCGUGAGAGUGCUCCAUUCUCUCGGAUGUGAACUGGUGUGGAAAUCCUGAUAUCUGGUACUCUGUCCUCAUCUACAAUGUGACAGAUGAGAACAGCCCAACAGCCAUCCUCUGUACUGACUGUACCAAUAUCACUGAGACACACUACACCUUCACUCCUAAAUGCUUUAAUAAGUACAACGUCUCUGUUGUGCCUUUCAACGGAGCUGGCCAGGGAGAGAGGAGCAAAAAUUUAACUAUAAACUUGGUUCCAGUUAUAGAGACCCACGUUGAAUUCUUCUCAAGGAGUGAAUGCAGAGUUACACUUUCAUCUUCAGAUGAAUUUUGUAAAUACCGCAUUUUAUUUGAGGAAAUGUAUUCCUGUUUCGGCAUCCCAAGGGGUCCUCUGGGAGAACUUGCCACGUGUUACUUUGCUGCUGAUGCAAAAUAUUCCUUGCCACUGAUUUUAUUCAAUGAUACUGGUGGAGUGACUACCAUAGUCAUCGAUUUAACUACGUUUGAUGUCCAGAACGCCACUGUCAAUGCUGCUGGUAAUGGGCUCAUUGUAACUGUCAAUUUCAUCGCCAACACAACAGCCACGGGAUGUUUCAUAGUACUACAGUCUGAGGAUGGGUCACCUGAUGAAUUCAGAGCUUUACUGAGACCUGAGUCGGAAACUACUCUGGUUGCUACCAUAGACAGUGUACCACCUUCAACAUACACAAUGCUGUUUUAUGACCUGGAGCAAGAUGGACUACCCAAUAGCAAUGUGGCAUAUGAAAGAAGCAAAAUUACUGUGGACGGAACAGUUACUGAUGCACCAUCACGUUUUCUCAAAAGUGGCAGUGAAUUAUUCCUUACUGGGACAGCAGUGACUGUCAGGUGUGAGUUCAAAGAAGGUAUAGAGGGAGCCUCAUGUGUCCUGGUCUAUCGAGAGUAUGGUAACAAGAUACUAGUGGUGGAGGAAUACCCUCAGAAUACUGUCUUCCCUGUGACACUGACUGUUGAUGGGGAUCCUGAGAAGUACACAUAUGCUAUAUUUGGGCGAAGUAAUUCUGAUUUUGAUGGAAGACCGAUUGUUACAAAAAAGUUCCAGGUUCAAGUUUCUAUGCCCACAUCUCACUCUAAACCAGAAUAUCCUGAAAAUGAGAAAACAGCUUCACAAGAACAAAUAGAGACUGGUGUCCAAGCAGAUACAUCAUCACAAGAAGACUUUGUACCUGCAGACUCAAAAUCACCGAACCAAGUUAGUGAAAGUGAUAAGUCUCCAUUGACUACUACCAAGGUGGAGAAGGAGAGUAAAUACACAUUGGUGGAAACUCCUUUCUCAAGAGUACAACCUACUCUCCCAAUAGACUCCAUAGUGCAGUACCAGGAGAUUGACAUCAGAACUACCCAUAGAAUGGCCCGUUGUGCCUAUGCUGACCUGGGACCUCUUCCAACCAAAAGGCCAAAAUCCCCCAAGAUUGAGUCCACGACACAGGGCCCCUAUGUUGAUGUCCUACCUCACACCGCUACUCCUGACAAUGGCAACGGAGACAAGGCAACACCCAAAGGAUCCCCCACAGUGGAGUCAGUGAUGUCACUGUUGUGGGGUGUGGCAGGUCGUUGGAAGGAGAUAGCAGAGGGUCUGGAGUUUGAUGGGGAUCUGAUUGAUGAGAUAGACACCAACAACGACAUGGAUGAGGGCUGUCUCCAGGUGUGUGUGGAGAUCUGGGUCACCAAACUAGAGCCAUCCUGGGAGAAACUGUCUCAUGUACUGAAGGAACUGGGGGAAGUGGAACUGGCCCGUCAGGCCUGGAGUGAAGUUGCUGAUGCCUCAUCUCAGUCCACUGACUUCAGUGGUGAGAUGGUGCCUGGAGUAGAGAAAACAGUAGCUCUCGAUGAUGUCAACAAUGAAGAUGGAAGCAGGGGAGGCAAGAAAAUGAUGCCAAAUGAUUGUUCAAGCGGGGAGCGAGGUGCCAGAUCAGCAUUUUUUGCUUACCCUGCUCUCCAUGAGGAGGCUCUAACUGUCAGUGAGAGUUGUGAGGAGGAUGAGGAUACCAAGUGUGAUGUUGGGACUAUUGCCACCGUCGAAUCAGAAGAGAGGGAGAAAGUGACCAUUGUGAGUGGAACUAAUCUGUUCGACUUUCCCUACAAGCCUUCUCUUGGAGAACAGCUCGUGCCCCAUGAUGAGCCACCUCCAGAGCCAGAGGAGAACCAGCCCCAACCAUCCCCAGAGGAGACCGACUCCUCCCAGCCACUCCCACCAGACCCCACUCCACCCCAGUCCCAGGUUCCAGAGGUCUCACCUCUUCAACUGCAGGAGAACAACCCACCCACUCCUCCACCUCCUUCACUCCUGUCCAGAGAGAUGAGGAGAAAGUAACCACACCUCACAAGAAACUCCAAUAUCUCGAUCCCCCAGGUGGAAAUUUGUGAUUCAUGGAUGUAUUGAUGGCCACACCGAGUCAUCACCUACCUACAGUGUGCAGACAACAACAGAGCUGACACUG